UUUGAAAUCUGAUGCAACAUUUCGUGAAUUAUUUGCAAUUCCAGAUAAUUUCAAUAGUUGGUGUUUAAUACGAGUGAACUUACAAUGGAGCUUUCUAGUGUUCCCGAAACGAUAAAUUUUGCGGAAGAAGAAGUAAGCAUUUUAGAUUAUUGGAACGACAUUGACGCAUUCAAAACGUCAUUGAAACAGUCAAAAGGUAAACCCAAGUAUUCUUUUUACGAUGGCCCUCCUUUCGCGACUGGUUUGCCCCAUUAUGGGCACAUUUUAACCGGUACCGUUAAAGAUAUCGUUACCCGUUAUGCUCAUCAACGGGGAUAUUACGUUGAGCGUAGAUUUGGAUGGGACUGUCACGGUUUGCCCAUAGAAAUGGAAGUCGACAAGAUGUUGGGUAUUAAAGGCCCCCAAGACGUUCAUAAGUUAGGUAUAAGCUCGUACAAUCAAAUGUGUAGGGCGAUGGUAACCAAAUAUGCCAAGGAGUGGAAAAUUAUAAUGGGCCGUAUUGGACGUUGGAUAGAUUUCGACCAUGAUUAUAAAACUAUGUAUCCGUGGUAUAUGGAAACUGUAUGGUGGGUAUUUAAACAACUAUAUUUAAAGGGCUUGGUAUACCAUGGAACGAAGAUAAUGCCCUAUUCAACUGUGUGUGCUACCCCAUUGUCUAACUUCGAAUCGGGUCAGAAUUACAAGACUGUUACGGAUCCCGCCGUUACCGUUUCGUUACCAAUUGUUGGUGAUACAGAAAAUGCCGCUUUCUUAAUUUGGACAACAACACCCUGGACGUUACCGUCUAAUCUCGCCAUUUGUGUCAAUCCCCACCUAUUGUAUGCUCGAGUAAGGGAGAUAAGCACAGGUGAAGUUUAUGUAUUGCUCAAAGCGAGACUCAAAACUGUAUUCAAACUUGAGGAUUACGAGGUUUUGGAGAUUUUUUAUGGCAAAGAACUGCGCGGUGUCGCGUACGAGCCUGUUUUUUCGUACUAUGAACGUCUAAAAUCGAAAGGCGCCUUUCGAGUCCUAACAGAUGAUUACGUCACCGAAGAAUUUGGAACAGGAAUCGUCCACCAAGCACCGUAUUUCGGUGAAGACGACUAUCGCAUUUGCUUACAGGCGGGAAUAAUUAGCGUCGAAGACGAGCCCAUUUGUCCCAUCGACGUAAAGGGCCGUUUUACGAUGCCCAUAACGGAAUUUAAGGGGAAGUAUUUUAAAGAUGCGGACCCCAGUAUCAUAGAGUUACUAAAGGAAAAGAAGCGACUCGUACGACUGUCCCAUAUACAACAUUCUUAUCCGUUUUGUUGGCGAUCGGACACGCCACUAAUUUAUAAAGCCGUGCCGUCGUGGUUCAUUCGGGUUGAACAUUUGUCAAAGUUGCUCCAGGAACACAACUCGAAAACGCACUGGGUGCCGGAAUUUGUCAAGGAAAAGAGAUUCGGUAAUUGGUUGAAGGAAGCAAGAGAUUGGGCUGUGAGUCGUAAUCGUUGCUGGGGUACACCGAUUCCUAUAUGGAUGUCGGAAAGUGGCGGUGAAAUACAAUGCGUUGGGAGUAUUUCUGAAUUAAAACGGUUAACAGGAACAAAAAUCGAAGACUUGCACCGUGAAAAUAUCGAUCACUUAACUAUUCCAUCAAAAACACCAGGGAAUCCACCACUCCGACGCAUACCUGAAGUAUUCGACUGCUGGUUUGAAUCGGGAUCGAUGCCUUAUGCUCAGAAACAUUUCCCCUUUGAGAAUGUGAGCGAUUUCUUCGAUAGUUUCCCCGUCGACUUCAUCGCAGAGGGCAUCGAUCAAACAAGAGGAUGGUUUUACACCUUGCUGGUGAUUGCAACAAACUUGUUCGGCGUGGCACCGUUUAAAAAUGUAAUAGCGACCGGAUUAGUUUUGGCAAGUGAUGGACAAAAAAUGUCCAAACGCAAAAAUAAUUAUCCGGAUCCGGUGCAGAUAAUUUCAAAAUACGGCGCGGACGCGCUACGUUUGUAUUUAAUCAAUUCGCCGGUAGUCCGAGCUGAGAAUUUGUUUUUUAAGGAGGAUGGGGUACGUGAUAUGGUCAAAUACGUACUUCUUCCAUGGUUUAAUGCGUACAGGUUUCUUGUGCAAAAUGUUGAAAUGUUCGCUUGUCAAACAAGUGUAACGUUCAAGUUUGAGGAUGCUGCGGUUGAUGCUACAAAUAUCAUGGACUUAUGGGUUUUGUCCUUGACACAAACGUUAUUGAAGCAAGUAGAAGAAGAAAUGACUUCGUAUAAUUUAUACAGUAUAAUUCCUCGUGUAAUAAAAUAUUUUGAAAAUUUAACGAACUGGUAUUUACGAAUGAACCGGUCACGUUUGAAGGGCGAAACCGACAAAGAGGACUAUAUGCGUGCGCUGUUAACGUUGUUUUCAGUUACGCUUACGAUGACAAAGGCUUUGGCACCAUUCGCUCCUUUCUUUUCCGAAUACGUCUAUCAGAACUUACGCAAGUGGUGUGCUUCCGGAAACGAAAGCGUCCAUUUUUCAAUGUAUCCCAAGUAUCUGGGAAUGUAUCUCAAGAGCGAUACCGAAAGAUCCGUGUCACGCAUGCAAGAAGUUGUGGAAAUGGGCCGAACACUUCGAGACAAGAAAUCAUUACCUUUAAAAUAUCCAUUACCUGAACUGAUCAUAAUACCCCAAAGUGAAGUAUAUGUCAAUGAUAUACGAUCUCUUCAGAGCUACAUCUCUACGGAAAUGAAUGUUAGAACAAUCACUAUUUCACGCGAUAAGGCCAAGUAUGGCAUUGGUCUGCAAGCUAAACCGGACUACAAAGCAUUGGGGACGAAGUAUAAAUCGGAAUACAAGGCAAUUUCCAAAGCCAUAGAGUCAUUAACGGAUGCUGAAAUUAACGAUUUAUUCACCAACAGGCAGUUUAACAAAGAUGGUCAAUGUAUUGACACUUCUCUUGUUCGGUUUGUCUACAAGACCGACGUGUCUGUAUCCAAACAAUACGAGUUAGGGGUCCACAAUGAAGUAAUAGUCCUACUUGACGUGCGUCCCACGUCCGACAUGCUCGAGGAAGGUACGGCCAGAGAGAUUGUCAAUCGCAUCCAGCGUUUGAGGAAGAAGUCGCAUUUAUCGCCGAUGGAUAAAGUAAAAGUAUAUUAUAAAGCUUCCCGGCGGUACCAAGCGAUUGCCGAAAAAUAUCUGGCAUUUAUUGAAAACGGGAUUAAAACGACAUUCGAGCCAAUUACAGAGCACAAUAUCGGCAAUAAUGAAACGAUUGUUAUUGACCAUCAGUCUUCCAAAGAUGGAAUCCUACAGAUAAUCUUAGUUAGUCCUAGGGGUAACAUUCUUCCGUUUACUAAAUGGGUUAAUGUGGUUUAUAAGGACCGAAAGGGAUUGAUAUUAUUGGAAACAGCAGUGAGUUCACUUACAUUAAACGAGUUAGUGUUAAAUGUAAAAUGUUUGUUCGAUAUUUACGAAGAUGUUUCCCUGUGGUCCGCGCGUGGAAGACUACUUCAAGAUGAACAAAUGUCUAUACUGGAUGGCGAAACAAUUUACGUUUUACCACCCAACAGCGAAUGUCAAAUGUUCGGAAAAGAGCAACCGUUUUGCAAAUUCCUUAAUUUUGUGGAACGAGGUGUAUCGGGAACUAUAAUAUUGGAAAAUCCCGUUGGAACCAAAACUAUCGCAGAAAAGGAUUAUUCAAGUGUAAUCAGGAAAUGGUUUAAACCGUACCACUAGAUAAUUUUUUGAUGUUUAAAACUUAAGUUGAAUUGAAAUAAAUGUAACGAUAUACCUAG